AUGGCUCUUGCCGGGCUCCAGCGGCAGAGUUGGACCCACGGGGGGAAACAGGAGGGGCCCCCCCGGCCCAGGUGCUGGGGGGGGCGGCUCCCCCCGGGGACAUCCGUGUGCCGGCCCACUGUGGCGAGGCUCCCCUGGUGCUGCCGCCUGCACCGGCUCCGGCGCUGCCGCUACAUCAUCCCCUGCCUGCGCUGGGGGUGCGGGACCUGUCGGGGAUGGGGCCGGUCGGGGCGCUGGGGCUGCUGCUGUGCCUGCAGCUGUGUGGGGGUGAGUGGCGGGGUGGUGGGAGCGGGGACCCGCCGGUGCUGGGCCCGGCUCAGGCCCCUCCGUGCCGCAGGCUCCGGGCAGCUGCGGCUGGUGGGGGGCGGCGGGCGCUGUGCCGGACGCGUGGAGGUGAAUCACGACGGUGAGUGGGGCUCCGUCUGCGUCUACGACUUCGACUGGGAAGCCCUCUGGGCCACCGUGGUGUGCCGGCAGCUGGGCUGUGGCCGUGUGGCCUGGUCGUCUCCGUACGCCCCGUUCGGGCAGGGCAGCGGCCGGAUCUGGCUCCAGCCCUACUGCCUCGGUACCGAGGAGGUGCUGGAGGAGUGUCAGCACUUCGGAUGGGGCCAGCAUUACUGCGGCCACGAGCGGGACGCGGGGGUGAUCUGCACAGGUGAGGGGGGCAGGCUGGGUGCCGGGACACCCACCUCGUGCCGGGGUGUGCCGGGCAGGGCUGAGCUGUGCCGGUGUCCCGGUGCAGAGGCCUUGGAGCUGAGGCUGGUGGGCGGCGGUCCCUGCGCCGGGAGGGUGGAGGUGAAGCUGCGGGGACACUGGGGCUCGGUGAGAGAUGACAACUGGUUCAUGGAGGAUGCCGAGGUGGUGUGCCAGCAGCUGGGCUGUGGCUCGGCUGCCGGCGCCUACUUCGCCCGCGACCGCUUUGGCACAGGGACCGGGCCCAUCAACCUGGUCCUGGUGGACUGCGAUGGGGACGAGGCCACACUCUGGGACUGCGAGAUUCGUGUCUGGGGACCCUACAACGAUACCCAUGAGUUCGACACUGCUGUCAUCUGCCAAGGGUUUUCCCGGCUGGUCGGAGGUGACGGAGCCUGUGCCGGGCGGUUGGAGGUGCGGCAGCGCCAGGCCUGGGUUGGCGUCUGCGCGGAGCACGUGGACAUGAAGGUGGCCCAGGUGGUGUGCCGGGAGCUGGGCUGCGGCGCGGCGCUGGCCAUCCCCGGCAGUGGCCGGUUUGGGGCGGGAACGGGGCCGCUGUGGGAGGGGGGGUUCAACUGCAGCGGCAGCGAGCCCCUCCUCAGCACCUGCGCCCGGCGGGUGCCCCACAGCCAGGGCUGCGCUGGCCACGCCACCAUCAUCUGCUCCCCCUACACGGGCUUCCGGCUGGGGAACAGCAGCUCGGGCUGUGCCGGGCGGGUGGAGGUGGCGGUGAGGGGCACGUGGGGGUCCGUCUGCGCCACCGACUGGGACCUGCCCGAUGCCGACGUCCUGUGCCGCCACCUGGGCUGUGGCCACGCCGUCACCGUGCCCCCGGGAGGCUCCUUCGGCAGCGGGGACGGGCCGCUGAGGCCGGACGCCUUCGGCUGCAGCGGGAGCGAGCGGCACCCGGGCGAGUGCCCCGUGGCGGUGCUGGGGGAGCCCCCCUGCACCCCGGGGAACGCUGCCACCGUCAACUGCUCAGGCACCAUCAAUUCCGUGCGGCUGGUGGAGGGUGAGAGCCGGUGUGACGGGCGGCUGGAGGAGGCCAUAACCACCCCAGCCUGGCGCCGUGUGCCUGUGGAGCAGUGGAAGAGAUGGGAUGUCGACAUGGUGUGUGCUGUGCUGGGUUGUGGCCUGCCAAAGGAGAUCUACACAGCCUUGGGUAUAGCACCCACUGCACCGACCAGCAGCGCCAGGGAGGUGGAUGUCGUGAUGGAGGAGACGGAUGUCCUGACGGAGGAUAUGUACGACAUCUCGGGGAUGGGCCCUGAGCUGACCAGGAGCCUCGAGGAGACAGAGGACGUGGCAGAGGAGAUCUCCAAUGUCUUAGGGAUGGGCCCUGCACCAACCAGCAGCCCUGAGGAGAUGGUCAUCGUCUGCUCAGGCAGCCGGCGGGUGAGGCUGGCGGGCGGUGCCGGGCGCUGCGCCGGGCGCGUGGAGGUCUAUGCCGGUGGCACCUGGAGCAGCGUGUGCCAGGAGCGCUGGGACCUGCGGGCCGCCGCCGUUGUGUGCCGGGAGCUGGGCUGUGGCGCGGCACUGGAGGCCGCCGGCUCGGCGCGCUUCGGCCCCGGCGCGGGGACAGCGUGGCCGUACGUGGUUGAGUGCGCCGGGAGCGAGGAGUCUCUCUGGGAAUGCCCACGCUCGGAAGGGCGCGAGUGCGAGCGCGGGGCCGGGGCCGGGGCCGUCUGCUCAGACCAGCUCUCCCUGCGGCUGGCGGGCGGGCGCGGGCGCUGCAGCGGGUACCUGGAGCUGCUCCACAACGGCACCUGGGGCCGCGUGUGCGCCACCGGCACCAGCCCCGGCACCGCCGCCGCCGUCUGCCGGCAGCUGGGCUGUGGGGACGGGGGGCAGCUGCCACCCGUACCCGCCCAGCAGCCGGCCCCCGCCUGGCUGGCCUGGGUGGGCUGCGAGGAGGGGGCCCGCUCGCUCUGGGAGUGCCCCUCGGCACCCUGGCACCUGCAUUCCUGCGGCCCCGGAGGGGACACCUACGUGGCUUGUGCGGAGGACAGUGACAACCCCAGCGAGACAGCCAGCACCCCGUGCCCGGACGGGGCCACCUGCACAGCUGUCCCCAGCAGCAGCGGCCCUGCGGUGGCCAGGGGGACUGUGCCGGUGCCAAGUGGGCAGGUGGCCAGGGGGACUGUGCCGGUGGCGGUGGUGCUGUGCGUGGUCCUGGGGACGCUGCUGUGCCUGGCCCUGGGCGCCCUGGCCGUGCUGAUGUGCCGUGCCCGCGCUUGGCGCCGAGGCCCCGGCAGAGCCGUGGGUGCCAUCCCCGACGCCAUCUACGAGGAGCUGGACUACAGCGCGAUGCCGGAGUACCAGGAGGUGCCCAGUCGCCCAGGUUCCCCGCAGGAGGGCUCAGUGAAGAAGCUGCUGUAUUACACCGGGGACAGCGUGGAGGGGAGUGACAGCGGGGCAGCCCCAGGUAGGGGCACAGGGCAGGAACCCAGCGGGGAGCGCUGGGGACAGGGGACACGGCAGGGCUGGGGAGCUGAGGGGACACGUCCCCCCUCGUUAGUGGGCAGAGAAGCAUUGCCCUUCCCUGAGGGACCAAGGGCCACCAACACAUCCCUGGUGGCACAGCGAGAGCGGGAUGGCACAGCCAGAGGGCGAUGGCACAUCCGGAGGGGGAUGGCACAGCCAGUCCCUACCAUGGCCACUGGGUCAGUGCCAUGUACCCCCGUGCCAGUCCCAGCUCCCCAUGCCCUGCCCGAGCACGGAACCCUGGAUGGCUACAAUGAUGCCACAGCUGGAACCCCGGAUGUCUACGACGAUGCCACAGCAGGAACCCUGGAUGGCUAUGACGAUGCCAUGGUUGGAACCCCAGAUGGCUAUGACGAUGCCACGGCCGUGCCAGAGGAGUCCCCCACUCCCAGCACUGGGGACAUCUCUGAGGGAGUGGCACAGAGGGGCUGGAUCUGUGUCCCACCCACAGGUGGGAGCUGCCCCCCUCCAAGUCCCCCCGGAGCCACAAGGGACCCCCCGGGACAGCCCCCGGGGCACAUGGACUGUGAUGAUGUCGGCACCGGCACCCCGGGGACGUCGCAGUGAGGAUGUCCCGGCCACGUCCCAUCCCUGGGGACACGUGUGCAGGGUGGGGGGCUCUGUGUCAUCAUCUCUGAUAAUGUCAUUUGGGGCACUCCGGUGUCACCGGGAGGGUGGUGUUGUGGUGGAGAAAAUGAGUGGGGAAUCAAGGGGGUCAUGUGUGUUCCCCAAAAAGGGAGGGGACAGCCCAAAAAUGCCUUAAAAUUCAUAAGGAGGGGUUGUGUGUCUGUAAA